AUGCCUUCAACUCCGGAUGGGCAAGACCCAGAGCCACCGAAUCCUAAACAGCCGCGCCAGAGGGCUCCCACGAUUAGUAUCGACGAUUCCGCUGUAAAUCCUUCCGCGGAAGAGCCACCCAGCGCCGCUUCUGACAGACCGGGCCCUCUACCACGCAUACAAACCGUUGGCCUGGACUCGGGCCCAACCCUGUCCUCCCCCCUUUCGGUUUCGCCCACUGACGUUCGACCAUCCUCUGAUACACGCGAGUCCCGACCUACAUCUCCCCACAAUGUUUCGUCUCCCAGAACCCAGUUCCUCGAUGGAACAGCACAAAAUUUUCUUUCUGUUCCUGGGUUAAGGGCGAGGGCGACGUCUAUAGAGUCUGAAGUUUCGCCCACGUCGGAAUUUGGGGGAGAAACCCAGAUUGCCUCCUCUACCACUGGCAUGGACGACCACUCGAGCAAGAUUUCCCUUAGCAACAACGAUGAUGUGAUGAACGAUGCGGACGCACUAAGACCAGACCCUGGCUCCGAGGCCGAUUUUGAAGUUCAGGACAACAAAUUCGCCUUCUCGCCCGGGCAGUUGAACAAAAUGAUCAAUCCUAAAAGUUUGGCUGCUUUUCACGCUCUCGGUGGAUUAGGAGGUUUGGAAAAAGGUCUCCGGACGGAUCGACACAGUGGCUUAAGUGUCGACGAAGUUGGCCUGAGCGGGACGGUGGACUUUCGUGAAGCGGUUCAAGCAGGUGCUGAAGCCGAGGAAAAUUACGGCACGGUCAAGAGAAUCAACACAUCCAAUUCAAUGACUGCUCCAGCGAAGAUCUCCGAGAAUUCAUUUGCCGACCGCAAACGCAUCUUCAAAGACAAUCGACUGCCCGAGAAGAAAGCCAAAACAUUUUGGCAACUUGCUUGGAUCGCUUAUAACGACAAGGUGCUGAUUCUUCUUUCCGUCGCCGCUGUCAUCUCUCUCGCUCUGGGUAUCUAUCAGACUGUCAAUCCCGUCCCUUCUGAAGAGCAUGAAGCUCGAGUCGAAUGGGUCGAAGGUGUCGCCAUUAUGGUUGCAAUCUUUGUUGUUACUUUUGUGGGGGCCUUGAAUGAUUACCAAAAGGAACGCCAGUUCAUCAAAUUAAAUCGCAAAAAGGAGGAACGCUCGGUCAAGGUUAUUCGAUCCGGUAAAUCUCAGGAGAUUUCGGUUUAUGAUGUCUUGGUUGGAGACGUGAUGCAUCUGGAGCCUGGUGAUCUGAUCCCGGUGGACGGUGUAUUCAUUGAUGGCCACAACGUCAAGUGCGACGAAUCAUCCGCCACCGGCGAGUCUGAUAUUAUUCGGAAAACACCUGCGGAUGAAGUAUACCACGCUAUUGAAAACCACCAGAGUCUCAAGAAAAUGGACCCGUUCAUUCUUUCAGGCGGAAAGGUCUCGGAAGGUGUGGGCACAUUCCUGGUCACCUCUGUGGGCGUCAAUUCCAGCUAUGGCAGAACCUUGAUGUCUCUUCAGGACGAGGGACAAACGACACCUCUACAGUCGAAAUUGAAUAUUCUGGCCGAGUACAUUGCUAAGUUGGGAUUGGCUGCGGGUUUGCUACUCUUUGUUGUGCUGUUCAUCAAAUUCCUAGCGCAGCUCAACAAAAUCGACGGUGGCUCCCAAGGCAAAGGUCAGCGUUUUCUUCAAAUCUUUAUCGUCGCGGUCACAAUUAUCGUCGUCGCGGUGCCAGAAGGAUUGCCCUUGGCCGUCACCCUCGCUCUAGCAUUUGCUACGACACGAAUGCUGAAAGACAACAACUUGGUACGACUCCUCCGUGCCUGUGAAACCAUGGGCAAUGCCACCACGGUCUGCUCGGACAAAACCGGAACUUUGACACAAAACAAGAUGACCGUAGUCGCAGGAACCUUGUCGACCGCCUCUCGAUUCGGCGACAGGCAACAGCCUAUCAGUUCCACGGCCGUGAGCGAGGAAAAAUCUGAAGGCGCCGUCACGUCUUCGAACGACGUCUCUUCAUCCGAAUUCAUUUCGACGCUCUCACAGGAGACUCUGGCGCUCCUCAAGGAUUCGGUGAUACUCAAUUCAACCGCAUUCGAAGGUGAGGAAGGGGGUAGGAAGGUCUUUAUCGGUUCCAAAACCGAGACUUCUCUGCUUUCCUUUGUCAGCGAUCAUCUUGCCAUCGGAUCCCUCAGUGAGGAGAGAGCCAAUUCAGACAUCGUUCAAAUGGUGCCUUUCGACUCGGGUCGCAAAUGUAUGGCCGUCGUCAUUCGGCUUGCCAAUGGCAAAUACCGUAUGCUGGUCAAGGGAGCGUCUGAGAUCCUGAUUGCUAAAUGCACCCGGAUCAUCAGUGAUCCGACCAAAGGGGUUGUGGACUCACCGAUCACUCCGGAACAGGUUGAAACCUUAAACGGCAUUGUCAGCAAUUAUGCUUCGAGGUCCCUGCGUACAAUCGCACUCCUAUAUCGAGACUUUUGCGAGUGGCCUCCUCGGGGAGCUGCUUUACCAGAUGACAAGAAGCAGGCGGACUUUGAUAAGGUUUUCAAGGACAUGGUCUUUUUCGGUGUUGUGGGCAUCCAGGACCCGCUGCGUCCGGGCGUCACCAAAGCCGUUCACGAUUGUCAAGUGGCAGGUGUUUUUGUGCGCAUGGUAACUGGCGACAACAUCAUGACAGCUAAAGCUAUUGCCACCGAAUGUGGGAUUUUUACUUCGGGUGGAAUCGCCAUGGAGGGUCCUGUCUUCAGGAAGUUGAGCUCGAAGCAGCUGACUCAGGUCAUUCCACGUCUACAAGUCCUCGCCCGAUCAAGCCCUGAAGACAAGAGGUUACUCGUGGGCCAUCUGAAGAAACUCGGUGAAACCGUGGCAGUCACGGGUGACGGUACUAAUGAUGCGCCCGCGCUCAAGACCGCAGACGUAGGUUUUUCCAUGGGCAUUGCAGGAACUGAGGUCGCGAAAGAGGCUUCAGCAAUCAUCCUCAUGGACGAUAACUUUGCAUCCAUUGUCAAAGCCAUCUCGUGGGGCAGAACGGUGAACGAUGCAGUCAAGAAAUUCCUUCAGUUCCAAGUGACCGUCAACAUUACGGCGGUCUUUUUGACAUUCAUCUCUGCCGUGGCCAAUGAUGAUGAAAGCUCUGUCCUGACGGCCGUCCAGCUUCUGUGGGUGAACCUCAUCAUGGAUACAUUUGCAGCCCUCGCAUUGGCUACCGACCCCCCUUCGCCCUCGAUAUUGAAACGACGACCGGAACCGAAGUCAGCACCAUUGAUCACCAUUACGAUGUGGAAGAUGAUUAUUGGCCAGUCCAUCUUCCAGCUUGUUGUCACUCUCAUCCUAUAUUUCGCGGGAGAGAGCAUUCUGUCAUAUCAAACAGAAGAUGAAAAGGAUCGCCUGCAAAGUACGAUUUUCAAUACGUUUGUGUGGAUGCAAAUAUUCAAUCAAUACAACUCGCGACGACUGGAUAACGACUUCAAUAUUUUUGAAGGAAUCCUUCGAAAUUGGUGGUUCAUUGGAAUUCAGUUCAUCAUUGUUGGUGGCCAAUGUUUGAUCAUGUUUGUUGGAGGUCAAGCAUUCUCGAUACACCGAAUCAACGGCGCUCAAUGGGGUUAUUCGAUUGUUCUCGGUGCCCUCUCCAUGCCCAUGGCCGUGGUUAUUCGGUUGAUCCCAGACGAGUUAUUCGCGAGACUCAUUCCCAGUAUUCCUCGACGGAAGAAACGGGGACCUAAAUUCAUUGUUGAGGACGAUGAGGAUAGAGUUCAACAGUGGAAUCCGGCUCUAGAGGAGAUUCGGGAUGAAUUGACAUUCCUCAAGAAAAUCCGUGGUGGUCGGAUGUCGGAAUUGGCAUACAAACUACAACAUCCACGGGACACAUUCUUACCGCGCUCACGCAGUCCUUCUCGUUCUCGCUCAACCAGCGAACUGCCCCAGACACCGGAUGGUGAGCAAGCCGUGUCGGAUGCAAUGACCGGAUCUCCCUCGACUCCCGAGAAGGCCAGACGACGAGCGAGAUCUAGUUCGAAUUCAGUGUUCGGACCUGCAACUGCCAUGGCAGGAAUCAUUGCAGGGAGCGUCGCAGGAGGUUGGUCUCCGAUUGAAAGGCGCCCGGAGGAACAGGAGACGGUACGAUUUACGAGAUCUCGUUCUCAUUCGGGGGUGGACGGCACUAGUGGAAUGGAGAUCCAUCCCGCAACACCGGCAGAGGACCCUGUCUUUGCGAAGAGUGUUCCAAAGACUGGUAUUCCUCCCAGUCAAGAUCCCAAUCUCGCGCCUCACUUUGAGCACGCACCGCCUCAUAGUCCCUCUGGCCGCUCAAGAGGUUCACACUCUCGACAACCAUCUCCAAUCGCCUGA